AGAAGAGGACAGGCUAGCUUGUUAUGUAGCUACCUAGCCGAAGAGAAGGUUGCUACUUGUUUUUUCUUAACAGUUCUUUAAGACCAAUGUAACACUCGGUUAUACAUUUAACGUGUACGCAGCCAUUGUCGUUUAUUUUACUGCACCUGUUUUAUACAUAUUUUGCCGUGAGGAGAGUGGCGACAACCUGGACAUGUUAGCAGAGUAGCUACCUACGUAUACUGACAGGUGCCACUCCAUAAUGUUGUUGCGUUAUGUAGCUAUGAAAAGCUGACCUUGUAGACACAGUCAACUAAAGGGCGGUUUACUUUGCUUUGGGUCUGUCAGGGCAAUGGCGUCUACUAGGUUAUUGUGCUUGUUUAGCGCCAGAGCAGCAGGCUCUACCAAAACAUUAGCUAAAGCAGGUUGCAGCCGUGUGUGCUCCAGAAGAAGUGUCUGCAGCUCACCUUCAAGACUGCAGGGUUGCAUGUCAGCCUGGGUCAUUGAUCAGUAUGGCACUAAUGGGUUGUUGAGGCACACAGAAGAAGUCACCGUCCCCACUAUCAGUUCUGCUAGUGAGGUGAUGAUCCAAGUCCAUGCGGCUAGUCUCAACCCUCUUGAUAUAUCUAUGAGGGGUGGUUAUGGAGCUACGCUGCUUAAGUUGAGAAGGGAUCCACUGUCUGUGAUGAACACUGAUAGCGAAUUUCCUCUAAUCUUGGGUCGUGAUGUGUCUGGUGUUGUGGUGGACUGUGGAGAUGAGGUUACUCAUUUUGCUCCAGGAGAUGAGGUGUGGGCUGCUGUUCCCCCGUGGAAACAAGGCAGUCUGGCAGAAUUUGUCACACUAACAGAGUACGAGGUUUCCCAUAAGCCAAAAUUACUGAGUCACAUGGAGGCAGCAUCCAUCCCUUAUGUAGCCAACACCGCUCUGUCUGCACUUGUUAAUGCAGCUGGCCUUUGCCGAGACAGCUCUUCUAAUAAAAGAGUUUUGAUCACUGGAGGAUCUGGGGGUGUUGGAACAUUUUCUAUUCAGCUGUUGAAGGCCUGGGGUGCCCAUGUAACCGUUACCUGCUCUCAGAACGCAGAGGGCCUUGUUAGAGGCCUGGGAGCCGACGAGGUUGUGGACUACACAGCAGGAAACGUGGCUGACCAACUAGAAAUAAUGGAGAAGUUUGACGUGAUUAUUGACUGCGUGGGUGGUGAUACAGAGCUGUGGGCGAUGGGCCUGCUGAAGCCCUGGGCUGGGGCAAAGUACGUCACACUGGUAACACCUUUACUCCACAACACUGAUGCCAUGGGCCUGCUGGAUGGGACCUUUAAUGCUGUAUUCAGCCUGCAGAGCAAGGCCAUACAGAACAUAAUAUCAAAUGGAGUCUUCUACCGCUGGGGAUUUUAUACUCCAGAUGGACCUGCCCUGGACGAGGUCAGCAGGCUGGUGGAUGCGGGGAAGAUCCUGCCAGUUGUGGAGGCCCAGUUUCCAUUUGCUCAUGUGCCGCAGGCUUUUCAGAAGUUGGAGGAGGGCCACGCCAGAGGAAAGACAGUAGUCAGGGUGGCUGACGAGGAUGACAGACAGGCUGAAGAGAUGGUGCAAAACGGUCACACAGAGACUACAGAAUCUGAGCCAAAGGUGCAAGAAACAGUAAAGCAAAACUAGAGA